AUGCAAAAAUCACUCUUAAUCUCGCUCCUCAUCUUUACUGCCAACCUGAUGAUCAGUGUUGAAUGCCAGGCGGCAGGCAACCUGUCAGGCACUUACGAUGUCGGUACUUUGACACCGCUGCAACGCCCGGAGGCGUAUGGCAACAAUCUGUUUCUGACCGAAGAAGAGGCUGCGGUUUACGCCCAGCGGAUCCAAGCUAGAGUUGCCCAGGACGCAGCUGACAGCGACCCCAAUCGCGACGCACCCGAAAAAGGUGGCAACGUUGGCGGUUACAAUUUCUUCUGGCUGGAUGUGGGUACUGGCGCAGCCAGCGUUGAUGGGAAAUUCAGAACAUCAAUCAUUACCACGCCAGCUAAUGGUCGAAUACCUGCCAUGACCCCUUACGGCGCCGCUCGCUUAAAAGGGUUUUUAGACAACUGGCAGAUCAUCUGGCGCAGCCCCGACCCGACGGCCAGCAAAAACUCUGGCGAAGCCUGGUGGCUUGAAGAAGAAAGUGGACCCUAUGACAACCUGGAACAAAGACCCCUGGCUGAACGUUGCAUCAUCGGCUCGCGCUCCACUGCCGGCCCACCGAUGCUGCCCAACAUCUACAACAACCAUAAACGCAUCAUCCAGACACCGGAUCACAUCAUGAUCCUCACCGAAAUGAAUCACGAUGCUCGCGUCAUCCGCAUGAACGCAACCCACCGUCCCGAUAAUAUAAGAACCUGGUUAGGUGACAGUAUCGGCCAUUGGGAAGGUGAAACCCUGGUCAUCGAGACAAAAAAUUUCAAACAGACACCAGCGUUAUCCGGUGCGGAUGAAAACCUUCGGGUCACAGAGUACCUCAGCCGCACAGAUGAUGGCGGCCUGUUGUACCGGUUCGAAGUCAACAAUCCGGAAAUCUGGACACAACCCUGGGGUGGUGAGUACCCGUGGGCAGCAGCUGAUGGCAAGGUUUACGAAGUUGCGUGUCAUGAAGGUAACUAUGCCUUGGGGAAUAUCAUGCGUGGCGCACGCGUGCUGGAAGCAGAUGCCAGGGCAGCCCAACUGGAACCGAUCCAACCAUGUUUAAGUCCGCGAGAACACGUGGCGUCUAAUUCCUCGGAUACCUCGGAUGCAGCCUGGGUAUUCGGCUAUGGCUCGCUGAUCUGGCGGCCUGGCUUCGAGUACCUGCACGCACAACCGGCAAUACUGCCUGGCUACACACGACGGUUCUGGCAGGGUUCACACGAUCAUCGCGGUGUACCGGAACAACCCGGACGCGUGGUUACCCUGAUUCCGGAAGCAAACGCGCGCUGUCUGGGCAUGGCCUAUCUGCUACCUCAGCAAACGGUCACCGCCACCUUUGAGCAACUCGACCAUCGGGAAAAGAACGGUUACAGCCGCAUCAACAGCCAGCUGCACCUGAACGACGGCAACCGGGUUGAAGGCCUGGUAUACAUUGCCACCGAAGGUAACUUUGCUUACCUUGGUGAAGCGCCAUUGCAUGAAAUUGCCCGCCAGAUUAUCCGCAGUCGCGGCCCCAGCGGUCACAACCUUGAGUAUCUGCAGGAACUUGCCGAGGCACUGAGGCAACUGGGUGCCGACGACCCACACGUGUUCGAGUUAGCGGCGGCUUUCUGUCCGGGUAUAUUUCUGGACUACGAGCACAAUAUGACCUGGCACAAAAUCCUGUACAAGCAGGGCUGGGUGGCACCGGCAUGGCCAAAAGAAUAUGGCGGUACCGGCUGGGACCUCAUGCAACAGUAUAUCUGGACCACUGAAACAAGCCUGGCUGGCACACCCAGCACUGCGCCGAUGGGGCUGGGUAUGUGUGGGCCAAUGCUUAUCGGACACGGCACUCAAGCGCAAAAAGAUUAUUACCUGCCGCGCAUUCUCUCUGGCGAAGAUUACUGGUGUCAGGGUUACUCUGAACCUGCUUCCGGCUCAGAUCUGGCCUCUCUGCAGCUGAAAGCCAGCAGCGACGGUGAUCACCUGGUACUCAACGGCUCAAAAAUAUGGACCACCCAUGCCCACUACGCCAACCGCAUGUUUAUCCUCGUGCGUACAGACGAUACAGGCAAGCCACAACAGGGCAUCACUUUUCUACUGCUGGAUAUGGACCUGCCCGGUAUCAGCGUUGAGCCUAUUUUGUUUGCGUCCGACACCCACGAGGUCAACCAGGUGUUCUUCGACAAUGUCCGCGUGCCUAAGGCAAAUAUUGUUGGGGAAGAGAAUCAGGGAUGGACAGUUGCCAAAUAUCUGCUCGAAUUUGAGCGCGGUGGCGGUGGCGCAGCGCGAUUCAGCGUGGGUUUACAACGCCUGCGGCAUCUCGCUGAACAAACCAACGUUGCCGGUCAGAAGCUUGCUGAUGACGAUGAUUUCAAAAACAAACUCAAUGAAACCGGGGUCAAAAUCGAAGCCCUGCAAUUCACCGAAUUCCGCAUCAUGGCGCAGAUAUCAAAAGGCGGCAGCCCAGGUCCGGAGUCUUCCAUCAUGAAAACCCUGGGCGCCGAUAUGAGCCAGUAUCUAUCCGAACUGAUGGUGGAAGCACUGGGAUUCUACGCCAGUCCUCACCAGCCUGAAGCGCGAGAAGUCGGUCAAAACACACCCGCUGUUGGUCCUGCAUCAGGAGUCGCUGCGUUUCCCCGUUAUUUCAACUAUCGCGCCUCUUCCAUUGCCGGCGGCAGCAAUGAAGUGACAUUGAAUCAGACCGCAGCAGACCUGCGCACAGACAACAUUCUCAACGGCCGCGCACUGCCGAUUCUGUUGAAGAUGGCCACACCCAACGCCAUCGCUUUUCUGGUCCAGGCCAGCGUCAGCAUGACUGAAGUCUGGUACGUGGGCCAGUUGGGGACCACGUCGCUGGCUGCCAUGGCGUUUGUGUUCCCCGGUUUGAUGCUGAUGCAGAUGCUCUCCGGUGGCGCAGUGGGUGGCGCAGUCGCCAGUUCUAUUGCCAGAGCCAUGGGCUCAAAGCAAAUCCACCGCGCUCAGGAACUGAUCUGGCACGCACUGUUCAUAGCCGUGUGCGCUGGCUUGUUCUUCGCAGCAAGUUUUGCACUUUUGGGGGAGUCUUUAUUAAUGGCCAUCGGCGCACAGGAUGCGGUGCUGGAUGAGGCUCUGGCUUACGGAUACGUCAUGUUUGGCGGCUGCAUCAGCAUCUGGCUCAUGUCGCUGUUAUCCGGUGUAUUCCGCGGCCUUGGCGAAAUGCGUUUUCCCGCACUGCUGAUGGCCGGCGGCGGCAUCGUUCAGGUGAUAUUGUCCGGCACCCUGGUACUUGGAUGGUUUGGCGCGCCAAAACUGGGCAUUCUUGGUGCCGCGCUUUCAGUGGUCACUGUCGCCACGCUCAACACCUGCAUUGCCGUAAACAAACUAAGCAGUACAACGCUGAGUAUCCAACUCACCCGCUCUGCUGCCAUUCUGAAACCCGAACUGUUUGGCGACAUUUUCAAAGUCGGCGCGCUGGCGUCACUAUCGCCGGUGCUUACGGUGAUGUCCAUCAUGAUUGUUAAUGGCGUGAUCAGCCGUUUCGGCGACGCCGUGGUUGCCGGCUACGGCAUCGGUUCAAGACUUGAGUUCCUGCUGAUCCCGAUGGUGUUUGGAUUCGGCGCUGCCAUGAACACCAUGGUGGGCAUGAAUGUCGGGGCAGGCAAUGUGCGCCGGGCAGAGCAUAUUGCUUUUGUUGGCGGUAGUGCCGCCGCCGCGCUCACAGGCAUUAUCGGCGUGACCCUCGCAGUUUUUCCGGAAGUCUGGGUCAACAUCUUUUCCAACGAUCCGGACACCAUUGCUGCUGGCGCACAGUACCUGCAUUAUUCAGGUUGGGCAUUUGCAUUUCAGGGUCUGGGUUUGUCUUUAUACUUCGCCUCUCAGGGUGCCGGUACUGUCGUGUGGCCGGUCGUCGCAAACUUCAUCAGAUUCGGCAUCGGUGCAGGUGGCGCCGCCCUUGCUGUACUCGUGUUCGACGCGGCAGUGGAAUGGGUUUUCAUCUACCUUGCAUUAGGCAUGGCGCUUUAUGGCAUAGAUGGCCUCGCCAUUAUCAGUCUCAAUCGACCAGAUACCCUUAACGCUCUGAGCCCGAAUAUGUUUGUGGAGCUUCGGGAACACGUGGAUAACAUAGCCGCAGACACAGACAACAUUGGUUGUGUGAUACUCCGUGGCGAAGGCAGAUCUUUUUCUGCGGGAAACGAUCUGAAAGCAAUUCAGGCUGGCGAACGCGCACCCAGCGCGCACUUUCAGGCGGAAACAUUAGAUGCCAUCGAGCAAUUACCACAACCGGUCAUAGCCGCGGUACAGGGACACUGCUACACAGGAUCUCUGGAACUGGCAAUUUCAUGUGACCUGAUGAUUGCCGGCGACUCGGCAAAGUUUGCCGACACCCACGGCAAGUGGGGUAUGUCUCCGACCUGGGGCAUGAGUCAGCGGCUACCUCGGCGCAUUGGCUUGCUGGCCGCAAAAGAAAUGAUGUUUUCCGGCCGUGUUAUCGGCGGAGAAGAAGCCGCAAAUCUGGGGCUGGCCAACCGCUGCGUGCCUGAUGAGGAACUCCUGGAUGCUGCAAUUGAAAUGGCACAAACGUUCCUGGCCAAUUCAUGGUUCACCUUGCGCACCGAUAAAAUGCUGGUUAAUGGUGGCCUGCAGCAUACGCUGGCAGACGGCCUGGCAUUUGAACGUGAAAACAGCCCCGGCGCCGGUCCUGAUAUGGCUGAGCGCCUGGCGGACAUUCCAGUCCGCCACUGCAUAAACGCCAGCCUGAGUAAGACAGCCCUGCACGUGGCGUCCUUGCGCAACGUCUCGCCAUUCAAUGUGGGUGUCACCCUGAUGCCCUACCCGGCAGACCUGCAGACGAACGGGCCUGCCUAUUCGGCGCGCCUGACCUCGAUCCACAAAGCCAAGCCAUUGUUGAUACGAAUAGCUGCCAUCACGCCGCAACACCCCGACGGUUUCGCCGCGGGUUGA